AUAAACAAAAACGUGGUUUUCAUAUACAUGAAUUUGGUGAUACUACGAAUGGAUGUACUUCAGCUGGUGCUCAUUACAAUCCAGAUAAUCAUGAACAUGCUGGUCCACAAGAUGAACUUCGUCAUGUUGGUGAUCUUGGAAAUAUAACUGGUGGAUCUGGCAAUGUUGCUAAAUUUAAUUUUAAAGAUUCAAUUAUUAAAUUAACAGGUUCAAAAUCAAUUAUUGGACGUUCAAUUGUUGUUCAUGAAAAAGAAGAUGAUCUUGGUCGUGGAAAUUCAGCAGAUUCAAAGAAAACAGGCAAUGCCGGUGGUCGUAUGGCUUGCGGUGUUAUUGGCAUAAAAAAAACCUAA